GCGGUUUCACAAAGGUACGGAGAGUUCCAGCGCGCGCCUGCGCGUGUUUGUACUGUACAAGGAAAAACUUUUUUUUUUAAAAACAAUUUUCAUUCUCAAAAACUCAAAAAAGAGUUAAAUAGUUUAUUAUUAUUAUUAUUAUUAUUAUUAUUAAUUCAAAGUCUUUAGACAGGGUUUUUGUAUGUUGUUUUGUUUUAGAAAAAAUACUAAAGUGACUUCCACUUUAGUAUAUGACUUUAAUUUAAUAUAUAUGUAUAUAAUAUAUACAUAUAUAUUAAAUCUUUAACCUUUAUAUAAAAUAUACCUUUAAUAUAAUAUAUCUUGAAUCUUAAACUUUACUCAGCUGCAUUAAUAAUUGCCAAUUUUUAAAAUACUGAUCAUAAGUCUUAACAUUCAAGUCAUUUGUUUUAAAAUGUAAAUCAAAAAUUCAGGAAAAUCCCUUUAAAUAUCUUUCAAUGCGUUCAUAUUUUAAUGUGAUCUGUUUAUAAGGUAAAGUAAAACAACAUGUGACCCAACCAUUUUCAUCUGUGGCAACAAUUCAAAAUUCCUAAUUCAAAGCAAUUUCCAAGAACAUGCUUCUAAGUUCCACUUACCAUAGGUGUUUUUCCACCCUGCCUCUAAUUUCAUCAAAAACAAAUUAGGUAUGAGGUGUAAAAAUGACUAGCCAAUCAGAGUAGAGAGGGUGUAGCCAAAGAGGUAUAAAUACUUCAGGUGAUAGAGGUAGCAGUUUAUGGUGCACUUGACCGACUUAGCAGGAGGCAACGGACAGCACUAGCGUGAGCAUGACAUCAUUUGUGCCACAAACCCUAUCACCCCAAUUCCACACAAUGGGCCAGGAAUCCCAAGAGUACAGCUUGUACAACGAAAAUUUCUACAGUCCUCCGCCUCUGCCGAGCCCACAGCAGACCUUACCGUCUGUCAGUGACUUGGGCGAAUAUGCCACCCCGGCCACCAACCCUUACUUGUGGUUCGGUAACCCUGGGCUGAAUGCUGCGUCCAACAUCGGAGGAGGGCCGCAGCCCUACGGCAUGCAGAGACCCUAUCUCAGGACAGGACCAAUGCCAGGCACAGAAGGGGCCUUUAGCUGGUUCUCUUUGCCUUCUCAAGAAGACUUGAUGAAGCUUGUCAGACCGCCAUAUUCUUACUCAGCUCUGAUAGCCAUGGCAAUAAACAGCGCCCCAAACAGAAGGCUUACGCUCAGUCAAAUCUAUCAGUACGUAGCGGAGAACUUCCCUUUCUACAACAAGAGCAAGGCUGGCUGGCAGAACUCCAUUCGUCACAAUCUUUCACUUAACGAUUGCUUCAUGAAGGUGCCAAGGGAUGAUGAUGACCCAGGAAAGGGCAACUACUGGACGCUCGACCCGAACUGUGAGAAAAUGUUUGAUAAUGGUAACUUCCGUCGCAAGAGAAAGAGAAAAUCAGAUUCCUUGCCUGAAGAAGAGGGAAAAGGCUACACAGAAACAGACUCUACUGCAUCCAGCCCAAAAGACCAGAACAAUACGCUUCACGAAUCUGAGAAAGAACCUUCUCCUGUUUCAGCAGGCGCAGCACCCUGCCUUAAUGGCUUCUUGUCUCAGAUGAAUGAAAUGGUCUCAGGUUCAAGUAGCAUGCGAGAGGGUGCACUGAUCCACUCUUUGCCACUGGGUGUGUCUAUGGACACUCAGAGCGUCUCUCCGAACGGUGGUUUUGGCUCUUACUCGUCGAAUGCUACAGUAUCGCAGUGGGAGACGCAGAUUCCUCCACCGUCUCAAUCGAGCAUCUCUUCCUCACCCUCUCACUAUACAGCCAGCUACAGUGACUCAAUCCUUAGUCAGUUCAAUAACAAUCCGUACUCAGGUCUGGACUCUAAUACUAUGGUGUAUCCACGGCAAGGCACAGACGUGUAGAGGAACCAAAGUGUGUUUUCCACCUAAAUUUCUACAGUGUUGCCGGAGGUCAAGCAGACACUCAGUAUCCCACUCGCCCUGCCUAAAUCACCUCACUUUGUGAAUGUUCACACACACUGCUCUCAUCCCCAACUGCUGAUAGCGUCUCAUUUCAGGCUACAGCUAAGUAUUUUAAAUGUGCUGAUGAGGCUUAAUGUUGUUGUAUAUGAAGUCCGAUGUCUGAACUGAACCAGUAUGUUGUAGUACAUCAUUCACUGCACUGACUUUACUGUAUUUGUGUUGCUGUUGUUGUUGUUUUUAAAUAUUUUUUCUUACUGUAACAUAUGUUUGUGUGUGUACAUGUAUCUGUACAGAAAUAAACCAAAAUCAAACUGGCAUUUUUUUGUGUAUGCCUAUUUUGUAUAAAACAAUUCAACAACCUUAAAUGCAACAUCACCAUAGAGAUUGUUUUGAAAUAUAACAUAUUGCAACAAUGUGAGAUAUAAUACUAA